GUCUCGCAUUGCGCGUGGUUAACUCUAAUUUCGACGAGCGAUCUCAGGGAAUUUUUUUUAUCAACUCAGGCGACAAUAUCGACUCCCUUCUUAUUCCAUUCAUCUCACUCCUCCGUACGUUCUCUGCAACACCUUUGCGACUCAUAACAGGAUCACUGUCGUCAUGCUAUCCUUCCUAUCCUCAAAUCUGUCGAACACGCGACAAUCAAUAGCGCAAGUGCUCAAUUUUGCGCUCGUUCUUUCAACAGCUUUUAUGCUUUGGAAGGGCCUUUCGGUAGUCACGGCUUCUUCCUCCCCGAUCGUCGUCGUGCUCUCAGGAUCCAUGGAACCAGCAUUUCAGCGCGGCGAUCUCUUAUUUCUCUGGAACCGCAGCCCUCGUGCAGAAGUCGGUGAGAUCGUGGUCUACAACGUCAAGGGGAAGGAUAUCCCAAUUGUGCACCGUGUCGUGCGCACGUUCCCCGAAGUUGAGGGAAAGAAGGAGAAGACAGUAAAGGAGGUGACCGUGUCCACGCCGACACCGCCGAACAUGCUGCUGACCAAGGGCGACAACAACCUCGCGGACGAUACGGAGUUAUAUGCGCGCGGGCAGGAAUUUUUGCAUCGCAAGGAGGAUAUUGUGGGGAGUGUACGGGGAUAUAUGCCGAUGGUCGGGUAUGUGACGAUUAUGCUGAGCGAGCAUCCAUGGCUGAAGAGUGUUUUGCUUGGGAUCAUGGGAUUGAUGGUCAUACUGCAAAGGGAGUAAAGUAGCUGUAGUGGCUCGAGUCUUAUUCUCAGAUUUUAG